GGCAUAUAGUCUAGCAAUCUAACAAAAUGCCUAAUUUAACUUUUUAUUGUGGAAUCUGAUAGAUUAGGUAGGAAGCUUCAAAAAACCACCGAAUACCUUUCCGGGAAAACUUCCGGCGUCACGUGACUGAUGGCGUCAAAUGCGGCAAAAAUUGUGCACAAAUCCUGCGAUAACUCGUGAACGGUAUAAAAUAUAAACUUAAAAAUGGCAUAUUUGGCAUCGGCUAAAUAAGACCUUUUGAAUGAUAUACAGUUUUAUUAGUCUGCUACAUAUUUGAAAUUUUCCUCCUCCGCAGCGACCACGAAAUUACUUUUUGAAAGUUGUUACUCGAAUUGCGCUAUUCAAAUAGAAAUUCUCGAAAACGUGAUUCUAAAAACAACCGCUAUUCAUAUCUUUACUCGUAAAACAUAAUGGAUAUUAUAGAAUAACAGGAAAAGCCCCAUUGAGAGUUGAUAUGAAUGUGAGUCGGGGCACCUGAAGAUCAUUCCGGUGUUGUGACGACAAAGCGAAGGUAUGUUAGGUGAGAAAAUGAAGUUUGAAAGAAUGAAUGAACUUGCUUGUUAGUUAUGGGAAUAUCAUUUACAUUUCUCUACAAUUUCGUGCAUUACUCUUUUUGAUCGCUUAUGUGCUGGUCGAGUUCGAUUGUUUCACCACAUUCAAAAAAUAUGAAAGAAUAUGGCCCUAUCGUCUUCAUUUCUCAGUCUUGAACAAACAAGUGAAAAAUGUUUAUUAUGUGAUGGUUCUUUUUCGCAAAAAGAUUCCCAAAAAAGUUUUUCACAGCAAGGAUGGGAGAACUUGAAGAGGAUUGCAGAAGAAUGGAACUGUAUUGAUAUCGAUCGAAAUGACAAGUAUUUCUCUUUUCGUUAUGUUCACUCGCGAAUUGGUGAUGUUAUUGAAGCAUUUGGUAAAGCUCAUAAAAAUUGUAGUAUUACAUUUGGAACGAAAGUGGAAAACUACAGGAAAAGAUACGGAGAAAUUAAGACAAGUGUUCUCGAACAAGAAUCAGAGGAUCUAACAAGUGAUGUUCAGACUAGAAGAUCACAAAGAGAAGCCAAAAAAAGAAAACAAAUUUGUUUUAUUUGUAAUGAAAGAAGGGAAACGGACGGUGGAUCAUAUAAUCAAGCUGGACUUGGUAGAUGCGAACAGGAAAGCUCUCGUCAAAGGAUUCAUGCAAGGACUGAGCUGUUUAUUUCUAAACCGACUUACCGAUUUCACGAGGCCGCAAAAAGACUGCAGGUAUUGCAAGGUGGACAGUCUUUUGAUCUUUAUGCCAUUGAUAUUUAUUAUCAUAAAAACUGUUACCUUAAGUAUGCAAUAAACCAGCCUUCGGGUAUUGAAGAAGAACAAGAAUCUUCGAAAGACAAAGAAAAGCAAUUCAUAAUCGAAGAGUUCUUCAGAAUAGUUGGAUGGAAAGUAAUUGGGAAGAAGGAGGCAUAUCUUCUCCACCAGUUAUUAUCAGACAUAAAGGUUAUAUGCGAAGAAAAUAACUUAGAGCCUGCUUUCAUGCACACUGUGUCAUUGAAGAGAGAAUUGGUGAAGCAAUUUGGAUCUGAGAUUGAUUUUUUUACAACAGGGAAAUACGUUAUUGUUCAUUCGGCGCUCAUGAAUCCCUGCGAGUAUAGCGUUGCAACACUGCUUGGCCAUGGACUGAGGGAUAUGGAUCACAUUCGUUCGUUUGCAAAUUUCAUCAAGAGCAAAGUCAAAGAGCGAGAGCUAGAAAGUUUACCAAAAACUCCUGAUGAAAUGAUCGCAGACUUCAACAAGGGCCCGAUGCCUGAAUUAUACAAUAUUAUAUAUGCCACGAUGUAUCCGAAUUUUAAGACCAAUGAUGAAGGUUAUGCCAUUACGCAGUCAAGUAACAUUGCCAAUAAGAUUUGGUCAAUAGCAUCAGAUUGGCAGUCGCUAAUCACUCGCCAGAAGAAUGUAAAACAAGCCAUGCUAGGACUGACAAUACACAGACUUACUGGUAGUAAAGAGGCAGCCGCACAUCUUCACAAUCUUGGCCAUUCAAUUUCGUACAAUGAAAUCAGAAAAUACAAUGAUGCAUGGUCCUCCGCUCAGAUUGAAGUACACAAACGUUUUGUGAAAGGAUACCCUCUACAUUCGACCAUUGAUAACAAUGAUGGCCGCCAGGAAACUCUUACCGGUGUUGGAACCACUCAUGAUACGAACAGCACACUGUUUCAGCCAUUUAUUCCAGGUGACAGCAUUCUUCAUGAAACGAAAUCAACAAUUCAAGAACUAGUUCCCUGUGAGGAAAUUGUUACUAACAAUAUUGAAGAAUAUCAUCUUGGUGCGAGAGCGGAUCCUCUUGCAUUUCCCGCUUAUCAGGAUGAUGAAGGCACAGAGCUCCUUGAAGAAAGCUUUCGCAGAGAUGUAGCGUGGUCAUUAGCAAGUGGUCUGCCUGCUACUGACGGUGAACCUGAUUUACCAAUGUUGGGGUCUUGGACUGCUUUCAAUAGAAAGGUUUCUGAUCGCAAGCAGAAAAAAUCGCUCAUUGAAUACAUGCCUGUAAUAAAUCAACCACCCGAUAUUUCAGUAUGCAAGAACUAUCUUGACACCCUCAAACAUGUAAUGGAUGAUCUUGGAUUAAAACAUAUUUUCGCCCACGCAGACGAAGAGGUAUAUGCCAGGCUUGUGCAGAUAAUAUGGAAGAAUAGCGAUCUCUAUAAGAAUAUCAUUGUCCUUAUGGGUGGCUUUCACCAAUUACGUGUUCGCCAGCGAUUAAUCUUCAAGAGGCAUUCGUGUAUUGGCUACAAAGAUUGGUUUGUUGACGCAGGGACAAUUUCUGCUGGUUCUGUAGAUCAAGCAUUUGGAGGGAAGCAUUACUAUCGGUGUAUGCGAAUUCUGAAAGAGUCAUUCGCUGCUCUUGUCCAGUAUCGUACAGAACAACUACGGGACAACUACGCGUCUUUAUCUGAUGGUCUGCGUGAGAGCCUGAAGUCACUGAGAGAAAAUCCAUCCACAGAAGCACUUGAAGCGGUUAUAGAAUUAGAUGAAUUUGAAGAGUUAGUUCGUGAGAUAAGUAGCUGCGAAAGUCCUCAACAAACAAUGACUGUUGCGUACUUGAGAGAUAUAUCGUCUUUAUUAGCUCUGGUCUCUGCCGUUCGUGAAGGAAAUUUCGAAAGACAUCUUGAAGCAGAACGAGAAAUGCUGAAGCAAGUGUUUGCUUUCGACCACCAAAACUACUCUCGCUAUUUGACAUUUCAGCAUGUGCUAUUGACGGAUUUGAAAUCAAGCAACAAUCCAGCCUAUCAAGAACUGCUCGAGAGGGGAUUCGGAGCGAAUUAUUCGGGAGAAAAGUUUGCAACAGUUCACGGGGAUUUGGUCACUGAAUAUUUUAAUCGCGAAACCAAAGGGACAGCAGGUCCAUUCAGAUCCGGAUUUAGUACCAAUAUCGACACAACUAACAAAUGGGUGAAAACCGUUCACAUUCACGCAAAGCUUCGUCUUACAAUGCGUGAUAAACUCAACAUUAAAACAACGUCGACUCACAAAGAGCUUACGGAUAGUGGUAAAGCAAAACACCAUAGCGAUGUCGCUGCUUUGAAAGAAAAGUUGCAUUCCUAUAAAACGGAUCCAUUUUCGAAUGGUCCUGCAAAAGUAAUCUGCACGGGUUUAGAAAUCGAUACAGAAGUAAUUGAAGGCCUAAUGAAUGCACCAGAAAUUGGGAAUACCAGAUACAAAGAGUUUGUCCAAAAACGACUUGUAACUAAAGAAAAAAGUAUAUUUGAUCCAAUCAAAAGAGUAAAGCUGAAAACCGGGCUUGAAAAGGGAAAGAGUACCCCUAAAGCAGUAUCCAUCCUCAAAGAAGAUCGACAGGCCUUUGGAAUUCUAGUGGCAAAAGCAACAUCGCUUGAAGAGGCGUUCACAUUUCCAAUUACAACACUUCCAUUGAGUCUUGCAACACCAAACAACAUGCUGCGACAAUCAGACAAAGCCAGUUUCCGAAACUAUUUGAUCAAUGAAUCAAAAGCGGUCUCCAGCGCUAUCCCACUGAAGGCACGUUGGAUUAUUGAUGGUAUGGCCCUCUUUCGAACAGUGAAACCAGAGCAAACAUAUAGAAAGUGGCUGGUCGCUGUUCUCCAUUCAGCAAUACCUCCUGCAAUAGCAGAUGCAGUACAAGUAGAAAUCGUCAAUGAUACUUAUUUGGAAAAUAGCAUCAAAUCAUCAACGAGAAUUGCGCGGGGAGAAACAUCUCGCAGAGUACGUCUGGAAAGUGUAGACCAAAAAAUGCUUCAAGGAAAGGAAUGGCUAGAGUUUUUCCACAACAACGAAAAUAAGGAAGAUCUUAUUCGACUUGCAAGCUCAUUCUUCAGAAGUACAGACGGCAGACGGUUGUUGAAGAUCCCGCUUAUCAUCAAUUGCAAAGAGGAAACUUUGCUGAUUCGAAGUAAUGGAGUGGAACGAAUGCAAGAUUGCAACCACGAGGAAGCAGACACGAGACUCGUGCUUCAUGCAGCUCAAGAUAAAUCCCCUGCUGUGAUUGUUGCAAAGGAUACAGACGUGCUUAUCCUAUUGCUUCAUGGUAUGGUACACUGCCACGCCUCACAAGAAUGGCACAUGAAGAUUGAGCACGAGAAGUAUGUUGAUGUACGAUUGAUAUUUGAUAACUUUGGCCCUGAAAUUUGCACAGUGUUACCUCAGAUACAUGCUCUAACCGGCUGUGAUACAACUGCCUACAAAUUCAAUAAAGGAAAGAUAAAAGUUUUUAAGAAAAUAUUGAAAGACAAAAGCGGCUUAGCUCUCAUUGAUCAACUGGGUAAGAGCACUUCCAUUUCUAAUGAGACGGUGGUAAACGCAAAGAAAUUUUUUCAAAUAUUUAUGUACCAUGGAAAGGAUAAAGACAGCUAUGUCCAGACGAGGGUACAGCAAUAUUUGAAAAUGAAAGUGAAAUCUUCAGCACCAUUAUUACCUGACCCAGAUUCAGUUUGUCAAGAGAUAAAACGGGUCCAUUUACAAUCUUAUAUUUGGCUGAACUGCUUAAACCAUCACAUAGUUCCGUUGAACAUUGAAGAUUUCGGAUGGAAAAUUGACCACGACAAGAAAUUUGUAAAUCCCGUUUGGUUUACUGGAAAUCAGUUGCCAAGAUCUCUUAUUCGACAAAGGGGUAAAUCCAGGAAGAAAACAGGUAACACUGGAGAUGGUUUUGAAGCUGAUAAAGAAUCAGAAGCUGAGCAAACGGAACCUUCGCAGAAAAGGAAAAAAGUCACUCCCCGAGGGACGAAAAGAAGUAACGACACAAGCGACGACAUGGAACAGAGAGAAAGCAGUGCUAUGAAUGAAACGGAAGGAGCUUCAGAUAGUUCUGAUUGGGAAAAAGACUUUACGACAUCAGAAGAAGAAAAAACGGACUCUUCUGACAGUGACUAUUUACCUUAG